AUGCUCGCUUGUUGUUUACUAUUUGUUGCUGCAACAUUUGCACAAAGCGCGCCGGUUGUUCCAACUCAACCAUUCACACCAACGCCAAUUCGUCUAACAUUAGAUGAUCUUCCAGCACCAUAUGCAACAUCAUCAGCUACGAAACCAGCUAUUGUCGUUGAUGUACCAAGUAAUGCAACGUUACUUGUAGCUGAUGUUAAUUUUCGUGUAACAAUCUAUCGCAGUGGUCUACGAACGCCAAGACAAAUGAUCUACACUCCAACUGAUGAUAUCCUUGUUACAGAAAAUCGUGGUGGUUCUAUCUCAAUCCUAACUGGCGAUACUACAUCGGUUUUUGCUGAUGCAUCCAAUGGUAUUUCUCAAGCAUUUGGCAUGGCAUUUGUGCCAGGUUGGUUUUAUGUUGCAAAUGCUGGUGAUCUUCGUCGAUUUCGAUAUCAAACUGGUGAUAGAAGAAUAAUGGGUACUGGGCAAGUUCUUCUCACAUACCCAAGUACAUACCAUUGGACACGUAGUUUAAUUCUAUCACCAAGUGGCGACCGUCUGUUUGUAACUGUUGGUUCUGGUAGCAAUGUAGACAUCGAAUAUCCCUCACGAGCUUCAGUACAAAUCGCUAAUCUCGAUGGAACAGCUAAUGCAACGUUUGCUUGGGGUUUACGUAAUCCAGUUGGUAUUGAUUUCCAUCCCAAAACAGGGGAACUCUAUGUUGCUGUACAAGAGCGAGAUGAACUUGGUGAUGAUCUUGUACCAGAUUAUUUUACUAGAAUUCAAAAAGAUGAAUUCUAUGGAUGGCCAUUUGCUUAUCUUACACCGAAAAAUGUCGAUCCACGACGUCGUUUUGCUAAUGGCUCCAGUGAACGUCCUGAUUUAGUUGAAAUAACACGUACACCUGAUGUUCUCUUGCAAGCACAUUCAGCUGUGUUAGACAUGCAAUUCUAUCGUGGUACUCAAUUUCCAAGUCGCUAUCAAAACGGUGCAUUCAUUGCUUGUCAUGGUUCAUGGAACCGUAAUGCUGGUACCGGUUAUAAGCUUAUCUUCAUUCCAUUUAAUGAUAGCAAUCGUCCACAAGGAUACUAUGAAGAGUUUCUCAAAGGAUUUCUUCUUGAUCCACAAGGUCCAACGACCUAUGGUCGACCUGUUGGACUACUGGAAAUGAAAGACGGAAGUUUAUUGUUUAGCGAAGAUGGAAAUGGACGCAUCUAUCGAAUCGAAUAUGUUAAAAGUACUGUUAGUAGUAAGUAA